AACUGUCAGUUCAAAGGCAAAGAAAAAAGAAAACAGCCGCAGGCGAACCACGAAUUCCGUGGUGUUUUGUCCAAUCCGUACUUAAUUGUUUACUUUGUAGUUCAUUUCAUUGUGAUAAUUGUUUUAAUUUAGAAGCAUUAAGACUCGAACGUGUGUAGAACAAUCUACUAGCAAUAAGUUGUAUUCAUUUUAAAAAAAACCGAACAAGUCUAGUACCAUGGUGGUUUGGAGUCGUUUUAUAUCGAAAAAGCUGAUCUCGGGCACAGCGAUCGGUUUGGUCGUUGGUGCGUCUGGCUAUUUGUAUGUUACGAAUGCGACUGAACGCCAGACGGUUCAUAAUUCCUUCACAACCAACUAUGAACCGUCUCCUUGCGCCAAAUGGGAUUGGAACUGGGACCACCGUGACCCGAAGAGUCUGGUAAAACCACUGAAAAAGGUUGAUGAUCCGGAAUCGCAGAACGAUUACAAUAAGGCGGUGGAAAUGAAGAAGGGUCGUGCGAUACGCCAUUUGAUACUGGUCCGCCACGGGCAGUACAAUCUGGACGGUAUGACCGAUAGCCAGCGCAUACUAACCGAGCUGGGACGGAAGCAGGCUGCGUUGAGUGGUGAGCGAUUGAAGCAUCUCGCACUGCCGUACGAUGAAAUCGUCCGCUCGACGAUGACCCGCGCACAGGAAACGGCAGCAAUCAUAGGCAAAUCGUUGCCGCACCUGAAGCUCGUCAACUGCCCACUGCUCGAGGAAGGUUCGCCCAUACCACCGGAACCGCCGGUCGGUCACUGGCGUCCAGAAGCAUCGCAGUUCUUCCAGGACGGUGCCCGAAUUGAAGGUGCAUUCCGGAAGUAUUUCUACCGAGCCGAUCCGUCCCAAAAGUCGGACUCGUACACCAUCAUCGUGUGUCACGCCAAUGUGAUACGGUAUUUCGUCUGCCGUGCUCUACAGUAUCCCGCCGAAGGAUGGCUACGCAUUUCGCUCGGCCACGCAUCACUAUCCUGGGUAUCGAUCUACCCGGAUGGUCGGGUGUCACUGCGCACGCUGGGCGAUUGUGGUCACAUGCCGAAGGAAUGUCUUACGCGAUAAAGGUAUUGAGUGGAGUGUUAAGUGAAGAUGCAAUCUUUGUGCGAAACUCGUGACGCAGGGAGGUAGGAAUAAGAAUGUAUUAAAACGAA